AUGGACGUAUCCGGAAAAGUAUCUCAAUAUGAUGGCAGCAUGGCUGCAGCUUUGGAUGUUGUCUCGAUUAUCGGUUGUGCGCUCUCUGUUGUGUGUUUGGCAUUGUCGUUGUUUGUAUUUACAUUUUUCAGAUGUGAUCGGGUAGAAUGUCAUACCACUUAUUUUAGAUCUCUUUAUAACGUACGAAACACUAUCCAUCGUAACCUGUGCUUCAGUCUACUUGUUGCCGAGCUUGUGUUUGUGAUUGGAAUGGAUCGUACUGCAAAUCGCGUGGGCUGCUCGAUAGUGGCAUUGCUGCUCCAUUAUUUCUUCUUAGCUGCCUUUUGCUGGAUGCUUCUAGAAGGUUAUCAGCUGUAUUUGAUGUUGAUCCAAGUAAGUCGCGACUCGCGCACGGGUUUAAGUUUUUACGAACUCAUUCAAACUGCUUUUAUAGGUGUUUGAAC